CCCUACAUCUCCUCCCUCUCUCCGGCCAGCUUCACUGCUCGAGGCGCUCUCCCUGCCGAGCGGAUGUGCACCCUGCCUGGGCAAAGGAAGCACAGCGUCCUGUCUCACUCCGCUGGAUACUCUCAAUUAGCUACUACAAGAUAACAAUAACAAGCCGCACCGUCACAUUUACCAUAUCAGGGUCGCUUUAUUCUGAUGUAUUGUGAAAUAUUAAAGAGACAUUUGUCUUUCUGUCUUUCGUGUGUGUGGAUUCCCAUCUGUAAAGUCUCCACAAAGUGAUGAGCAGCGCGGAGCCAGGGAAUGUGUUGUCGUCUUAAACUUCUCUAAGUUUGUAUCCGAUAGAACUCCCGCCAUUUAAAAAAAAAAAAAAUGCAAGUCCUCCUGUACACCGCUGUGUUCCUGUACCUCAAGGAGUCUGUCCGCGCAGAGCCAAAAGACAAGUGUCCGACUCGGUGCGAUGUGAGUACCUGUCCGAGCCCCAGCUGCCCCAGCGGCUACGUGCCGGACCGCUGCAACUGCUGCCUGGUGUGCGCCCUGGGAGAGCGAGAGCCGUGCGGCCGCAAAGACGACCUGCCGUGCGGGGACGGACUGGAGUGCAAACACCCGGCGGGCAAGCGGCUCUCCAAGGGCUUCUGUCGCUGCAGGUUCAGCGCCGAGGUGUGCGGCAGCGACGGGAAGACGUACGGCAACGUGUGCCAGCUGAAGGCGACCAGCAGGAAGGCUCAGCAGCAGGGACUGCCAGGCGUCACCCAGGUCCAGAAAGGACCGUGUGAGUCCAGCACAGGUCCUUCACAUGCUGCCAGUCCUCGUUACAAGUUCAACUUCAUAGCCGACGUGGUGGAGAAAAUCGCUCCAGCUGUGGUCCACAUCGAACUCUUCCUCAGGCAUCCUCUCUUUGGUCGGAACAUCCCUCUGUCGAGUGGCUCUGGCUUUGUGAUGUCAGAUAACGGACUGAUUGUAACCAAUGCCCAUGUAGUCUCCAGCACCACACCGGUGUCCGGUCAACAGCACCUCAAGGUCCAGAUGCAUAAUGGGGACGUAUACGAAGCCAACAUCAAAGACAUCGACAAAAAAUCAGACAUCGCUACCAUCAAAAUCAAUUCCCAGACAAAACUUCCUGUAUUGUUUCUGGGCCACAGUGCAGACCUGAGACCCGGGGAGUUUGUUGUUGCAAUCGGCAGCCCCUUCGCCCUUCAGAACACUGUCACCACUGGCAUCGUAAGCACCGCCCAGAGAGAUGGCAAGGAGCUGGGCCUUAGGGAUUCCGACAUGGACUACAUCCAGACGGAUGCUAUUAUCAAUUAUGGGAAUUCAGGAGGACCUCUUGUUAAUUUGGAUGGUGAGGUGAUUGGCAUCAAUACCCUAAAGGUUGCAGCAGGAAUCUCAUUUGCCAUUCCCUCUGACAGGAUCACUCGCUUCCUUAACGAUUCAUUUGACAAGCACAGCAAAGAUGUGAGGUCGAUAAAGAAGCGUUUCAUUGGAAUUAGGAUGCUGACCAUCACACCAGUGUUAAUUGAAGAGCUAAAACAGCAGAAUCCAGAUUUCCCUAAUGUUACCAAUGGGAUUUAUGUCCAUGAGGUUGUUCCUCACUCACCUGCACAAAAAGGUGGUAUCAAAGAUGGUGACAUUAUUGUGAAACUGAAUGGCAAACCUCUGAUGGCCACAACUGACCUACAGGGGGCACUGCAGGAAGAGACAGCCCUACUACUGGAGGUCAGGAGGGACAAUGAUGACUUGCUCUUUAACAUCGAACCCGACGUUAUCAUGCAGUAGACAUUGGAAGCAUUGCACUGCAGAGGUAGACCAACAUCUAAGGCCCUAUUUUAGUGAAUAACUGUUGGAUGGUGGAAGCUCUGCACCGUUGCAGUGAAACUUUGUCAAGGGCACACAUCUUGUGAUAUUUUAACUGUACCAAAGUAAAAGGAGCCAAUGGCCGACAUUGUGCAAUUGAGUUUGGUAUUAGGGAUUUACAAUUGUGCCUUCCACAUCCUCAGACCAGGUCAACAAAUGCACACAUGAACCUCCUAGAGAAUCGCAUAAACCCAAACCCCUUUUACUUUGAUGAUACAUUUUCAACUAGUAAACACAUUUGCUGGACAAUUCCCUUAAAACAUAUGGUGUUAAUACAAGACAAUAAUGCCU